AUAUUGUGAAAACUCGCGAGCAAAAUAUAAUUUAUAAGUCCUCAGAAAUAAAGAACCGCGAGCUUCUGCCAGAGGAGAGACGCGAGGGGUUGAGGUGCUGGGUCGAAGGCGUGUCCAGGAACAAAAUUGUGCGCUGGGUGGGGUGGGACCAUCUUCAGUUCUUUGGCUUUUUGGAAGUUGACCGUUCGAUCACUUCCAGACGUACCCCACAUUCAGUGGACCACUGAAUGUAUGUUGUUCAGCAGAGAAUGUGCCUGAGUCAGCACGUGGUCAAGCCCAUCUCUCCAGGCUGAGUUGGCUGCGUUUCCAUCGAGCUCAAUGUUGUACCCGAGGAGAAAGAAGCAGAAUUCUCAUCAUACGGAAUAUCAUUGACUCAGCGUGACACCAAGUAUUCAGGCACGCUUCCCUUCUCCGUCGCUGUGAGAUCAGGUAACGUUGCAAGUAUAAGUGCAAGCCCACCCUUUGUUCCAGAACGCUUUCUCCUGUAGCACAUUCUUGACAAAUCAAUUUCAAUCUCGUCAUAUUGUGACACGUAAGAUCAACACUUGGACACAGUCAGCCAGCUGAAAUUCAUCCCAACACUUCUCCUGUGAGAAUUUAUCUUCCGAUUGUAGAAUUGAUGUCCAUGAAGAGAGCUUGUUUUCUGCUGAAAUACAUCGACAGUUCCUCCACAAGAGGAUGGCGGUCACGUAAAAGCGGUUGCGUCUCAUCCGUUAAUCCAGCUAAUCAACAAGGACAGACCUACUACUCGCCUUCAAGGCCGUACUCCAAGGCCACAAACGAUUUUCAGAGCAUGAGUUGAAUUAUAUUCUUGACGCUUCGCAAUUGGUGUAAACAGUAUGCUUUAUCAGCAAGUCUUCAGGUUCAGAGAAUGUGGGUUUCAUCGGACUUGGGAAUAUGGGAUCGCACAUGGCUUUUAACCUGCUCAAGGCGGGACAUUCACUGUGUGUUUAUGACAGGAGUGAUGCUGCUAUGCAGUUUCUGGCUAAACAAGGGGCUUCUCAAGCUAAAUCACCGCAUGAACUUGCAGAACAGAGUGAUGUGAUCAUUUCUAUGUUGCCAGCUUCUUCUCAUGUGGAGGAGGUUUAUACAGGUGCAAAUGGGCUCCUCAGUGAAGUCCAAGGCAUAAGACCAUCACUGCUAAUUGACUGCUCUACAAUCGAUCCGCAAACUUCUCGCGACCUGGCUACCAAGGUUGGCCAUUGCAAGUUGUCAAGGAAUGCAAGGCACAUCGGAUCUGAAGUACCGAUAAUGCUUGAUGCACCAGUAUCUGGUGGAGUGGGAGGAGCGGCUGCAGCGUCACUCACAUUUAUGGUUGGUGGACCCCAGAUAGGCCUGAACGCAGCACUACAUCUGCUGCAUAUCAUGGGCAAAAGAGUUGUUUAUUGCGGAGGAGCAGGAAAUGGCUCGGCGGCGAAAAUCUGCAACAAUCUAGCCAUGGCAAUAAGCAUGGCAGGGGUGUCUGAAGGCCUCGCUCUGGGACAGCGGUUAGGUCUAGAUGCCCAGACGCUGUCAGACAUUUUCAAUACCUCCAGCGCUCGAUGCUGGAGCAGUGACACGUACAAUCCAGUUCCGGGGCUGAUGGAUGAUGUCCCAGCAUCACGAAAUUAUAAGGGCGGUUUUUCUUGUCAACUGUUGUCAAAAGACCUGGGGCUUGCAUUGACAGCUGCGAAAGAAACUGGGAUUUCAGUUCCUCUUACGUUGCAAGUCCAUGAACUGUAUUCCAAUCUUUGCAAAGCAGGAUACAAUAACGAAGAUUUUUCAAGCAUCUUUCAGCACUUUUACAAGGGGGAAGCCCUUGUUCCAACAGGCGAAGGAAAGUCUCUGAAUGACCCACUCGCUGCUGCUAGUGACUAGCAAAUCCAAUUGUGUCUCAUCUUGUUUAUAUCUUCAAUUCAAAAGUUCGUUGAAACUUGUCUAACUUUACCUGACUGGUCGACAAAUUGAUCUCAAAUUUCUACAUGUAUAUAGUUGCCGUGUUAUUGAACUCUUUGUAUAGACUUCCGUUUUAUCAAGCAUUUGUUCCAGGGUGGAAGUACUGGAAAAGAUACGAUCUAUGGUGAUGGUAGGUUUUUAUGUCUUCUUACUGUUUAGCUGUCUUCAUAUCUGAUGCAUACACUUUCAUGUGCAUACACACUUUUUCCUUGGACUUACGCACGCUACAAUACUAUAAAAAUAAUUCCUCUGCAUUGUUUAAAACAAAACAAGGAUGAAUAUCUAUCUUGGUAAAAUCUAUUACACCUCCUGAAAUUGCCAUCAAAUUUUCAGAACUCCAUGCAUCUCCCUAUCUACGGAAAUGAAAAUGUGAUACUCGUAUAAGUUACUAUUUACCGUCAUGAACUGCUGGUCUGAUGCUCGCUUGCU